AUGAGACAAGUCUGCUCUGCCGGAUAUGCGGCAAGAGCUCGACGCAACAAGAAAUCCGAGAGAGAGCAGAGAGAAGAAGAUAUCGUGGCAGACUUCAGGCACGAAAAGGAGCGUUUGGUGGCAGAGGUGAGGCUGAAGGAGCUCAUCGUACAGCAAAAGGAGCUCUCGAUCCAGGAGCUGGACGUUCGUAUCAGAACGAUGGACCUGGAGCACAGCAUCCAAAACCGGACCAUGGAGCGAGAGCACCAGGCUGAAUUGGUCAGUCGUGAUCACUCGGAGGCCAUCCUGCUCGGCGACCUUCGUGAGUUCUGUCAAUUCAACGAUGAAGAAGUUGAGGAGUUGAGAAGGACUAUUGAUCGUGAGGCACUCCCUCCUGCCUACGAUCAGAUCGACACCCAUGUCAACGGAAACAGCGUAACGGACAUCGCAACAGCCAACGCCACAACAAUCCUCUCCUCAGCAAAGGCAUCCCUCCGUCGAGCAAUAGCAGAAUCCCACGACCGCCCUGACCGCCUCCUCCGUAUCGCCCAAGGUUUCCUCCACGCCAUCGCCUCCAUCACUCGAGCCAACAAGAAAGCCAUGUGGCCUCUAGAAUGCACAGCCCAAAUCCUCGACGCCAUCUAUGAAAUGUGCUCCCGUGUAUCUCAAUACAUCACCCUCUCCUACGACAACGAGGACGAUGAACCUCCCCAACGCCUUUCACAUCGUAUCCUCUCCUGCCUCAACACCACACAUCGCGCCCAUCGCACCCUCCGCAAAGCCUUCCUCUCCGCCGACUCCCUGGCCACCGAUAUCAUAUCCCAUCAUUUCUCCUCCGGUGGUCGAAGAGCUGGCUUGUACACCGCCGCUAUCCCUUUCCACAGCACUCUACACGGAAACACGGAUCUGGAAGACGAGUUUCUGGACUUGCAGUUUUGGAAAAUCAGGUUUGAGGGGGUCAAGCGGGGCGUUUUGGAGUGGAGGGAUGAUGUGGGGGUUGUGGUGUUUGGGGAGUGUUUGGAGUGGUUGGAGUUGGGUAUCAUGGGUGCUGUUUAG